AUGGCAGCUGCUGUCAAGGAGUCUCCAGGUUCUCCAUCUUCCUCAAUGUCUUCCCCGGAAGGAAACGCCGUCCCAGAUGCCGCCGCUGCUCAGAAGCGGAAAGGCGGGCGUAAGCCUGUUUAUGCUACGCAGGAAGAGAGGAAGAUGAGAAACAGAGCAGCUCAAGCUGCUUUCCGAGAACGACGGACUGAAUACAUCAAACACCUCGAAGCAACCAUCAAACAACAAGAGGAAACGCUUGCGACCCUUCAGCAAUCAUCUCGCAGCGCGGCAGACGAGGUUCUCAUGUUGCGCUACAAGAAUUCCCUGUUGGAACGAAUUCUUCUUGAAAAGCGCAUCGAUGUUCAUGCCGAACUCAAGGCCUUUACUGACAAUGAUGCUGUUCCCGCUGGUCCCGUUCCUUCUCUUCCUCCACAUCCUCCACAUGUGCAAAGAGCAUUGCACCAGAGGCUGUUAGGGCGGCCACAACAACAUCAGUUCCAUAAUCAGCAUAUGGGGCAAUUGAGUAGCAGCGGUGGUUUCAAGAAGAUGAGAAGACUGUCCGAGUCCUCUUUCUUCCAGAAGCCUACCACGAUGGCUGGUUCCCCAACCAGAAAAGUAACAUCACCGGCAGUCUCCGUAGAAAUGACGUCCCCAGUGACAUCUGAGCCCUCGUCUGCUGUGGGAGGGUCUAACCACACCUUCCUUGCCAGACCAUCUCCAAUAGCUGGUCCUAGACGCUUCUCACACGCCCCGGACCUAGCAUCCCUGGCGACGCUCUACCCCCAGCAAUAUCAAGCCCAUAUGGAUAAACUAGAACAAGAAUACGAUGCCGAAAUGUACGAUGAAAACGACGGAGAGGAAGAUGACGACCACCCAAUCGAAGGCCAUGAAGUUCCAGGUCCACACUCGGAAUUCGCCAUGGGCCAACGAGGACAGGCAGGGAACACUCCGAUGACAAGCGGCCAACGAAGCCAGCAACUUCCAGCGCUGGCUUCCGCAGAAGGUGGAACUGGAUCUCAGUCGACAUCUGGUAACAGCAAGGAGCCGAACGGAUCCGCGAGCGAGAACAUGCUCCAGCAGUACUACAGCACUGGAUCGUGGACUGUGGAUUUGUUCUCCGACCCUUACAUGAUGGGCCCGCUUCAAUUCCCAAAUCCAUUCACCAGCUUCCCAACCAGCAGCAUGAGAUAA